AACCGGUAAGCUUCUUGUAUAGUGUAUUCUGUGUUAUGAAUUUACCUGCUGGUCUAAGUUUCACACAAGAGUAUAACAUUUUUUUUUUAAAUUCAAAAUUAUAAUUUAAUUGUUAAUCGUCGACUAUAUUUUUACUGUAUGUACAUGCAGACAUAAUUACAUGUCAGUGUAUGUACAUAUUUGGCAUCGUGACGGUGAAUGGAGUAUGGAGUAUAAUUGAGCAUUUUAUAUUAAGCGAAACCUUUUAAAACGAAUAUUGUAUGUAUAUAUAUACCAGAAUAACUUUGUUGCGAUUUUCAAAUAGUUCAAAACUCGAGAAGGCUUUGCUUGUAGAGAAGGGGAGCAACUCGUACGAUCUUAACUUAAGUCAGGUGAGUUAAUUACAGGUGAGACAGAUCAAUAGCGCAGUGUGCAAUAUGCUUGUACCAGGGCCUUACGACGCGACACAGGUAUUUAGGUCACGUGAGAGUCAUUGCCUGUAUGUUUAUGUCAUGUUUUCCAUUUACGAUCACGUCAGGUAAACAGUUUUAAUUUGUGAGUCGUACUGAAAUGACAAUUCAAAUGGGGAUAAUGGCUAAGACAAGUGUUUUUGUGUGUGAUGGAAUACAAUCUGUUUUAAGUAAUUAUGGGAUGAAUAUUUAAGGGAUAGAUGUCUUAAUUAUUGAUUAUACAAAUAAUUACGUGAAAAGUAGGAAGUAUACAAGUAUACUGCAUAUUAUCAGUGAUCACUCCUCCAUCAACCUGAACAAAAAUGGAGGACCCCGAGUUGGAUAUUCAGGUUGAAGAGAUCCGAGGAGAUGACGGCAGCUAUAAAUACUCGUUCAUUUACGAGCGAGCAACCAUGUACGAGUUCAAAUACGAACGUAAGCCACAGCCCGACCCCGUCGACCCCUGCUAUAGGUGUUACCGCCGGAUCUGGGAUAAGGAGCAAAUGGCGAAUGUCGGGGUGCUGUACCACAAGGCCUGCUUCCGGUGCCGGAUAUGCGGCCUGCCGCUUACCAUGCAGACGUUUUACAGAAAUGAUGCCAACGGGUCGCAGGACCGAGAAGUGUAUUGUAAGACGCACGUCGGGAAGAACAUACACCAGAUCCAACAAGAGCGUGCCCCUAUCGCGGGCAUUGAGGACAACUAUAACCCCGCCCUGGAUCAGACUCCCACAGGGCGCCCAAGACCGGCCAUCGGCGCGGCCCCUAACUUCAGCCCAAAGUCGAGCCCCCGGGGUAGUCCGUACCCACAGGGAAGCCUACGGGAGGCACCGAACCACCUAGGGUCCGCUCAGUUCACGCCUUCCAAGCAGAACCUCCACGAUACAAGCAUGGGAUCAAGUAUCGUGAGCGUCACUCCCCGCACCCUCAAUGGAACUUCCUGGCUGACAGGGACGCCCGGAAGCGCACUCGAGUACACUCUGAUGACUGGCGGUUCGUACAGUCGACCGCGACCUGUGUUGCAAAGCUAUGAGGAUUUCGAGCGGUACGCGGUGUUCGACUCUCAAUGGACGUUAGAGUCGCGGCACCACGAGGAGGAGGAGCGGCUGCAGCGCUUCCUGUCUGAGGAACGUGAGAAGGAGAUGCGCCGCCUCGACACCUCAAUCGACAGCGAGAAGGAGCGGGCGGCCGCCGAUCUCUUGGCGUCAAUGGACCAGAUGUCGCUGCAGCAAAACCCGCGGAACCUGGUCGCCGAGAGGGAACGUAUAGAGGACCACUUCCGGCGCACGCGCGAUGAGAAAUUGCGCGGAGUGAUGGACAAAGUGGCGGCGGAGGAAAAAGCGCGCGCAUCCCGUAUGUUAGACAGGCAUUGUCAUGAGAUGCUUCUCCUUAUAGCAGAAAAGGACCGCGAGGUAGACGGCAACGCCCUGUACGAUCACUCGAUGCGACCGGCUGUUCUCCCACCGGAAACCAAAAAGGCCAAGCUCUACAAGUCACCAAUCAUAUUUCAGAACAUCGACAAACGAGCACUUGAGCUGGCCAACCGAGACUACAACACAUUGACCGACCUGGUGCGGGACCUGACCAGAGACUGCCAGACUGAGCUUGAAAAAUGCAGGGCGCUGUUCCGGUGGAUAAUCUCCAAGGACAUUGGGAAGACAAGCGCCCGAGACAUUGCGCGGCCCAACGCGUCCUUGACCUUGCUCAAGGGGGUCAAGAGCGGCCGGGAAACAUACCACCAGCUCUUCAAGAAACUUUGCAGCUUUGCCGGCCUCCACUGCGAGAUCAUCCUUGGCUACUCGAAGGGCGCUGGCUACAAGCCGGGUAUGAAUCUCACCGGAAAUACCUUCAGGAACUCGUGGACGGCGGUCGCCAUCGACGGCAACUGGCGCCUCGUAAACGUAACUUGGGCGGCCCGCCAUGUAACCGGAACCAAGGAAGAACUUCCGGAAAUGUACACAAAAUACGACGAAUUCUACUUUCUUACGGAUCCCGAGGACUACAUCUACCAACAUUACCCGGAUGAAGCGGCGUGGCAGCUGCUCGAGAUUCCACUUCCGUUUUCGGAGUUCAUGAACUUGCCAGUGGUGAAAUCGCCUUUCUUUAACUACGGUUUAAGGUUUUAUUCCAAUUACGGUGCAACCCUUACAACAGACACAGGAAUGGUCGAGGUGCGAGUGAUUGCGCCUAAAAUUUUGGGAUUUGGCUCGUUGUUAGAGCCAUACGACAAAGCAAACAAUACAUCAAACAUGGAAGGUCGGACGUUGUUACGUUAUGUUCGAAACGAGGCUAUUUUUACAGUGAAUGUGCCUAGGCCUGGUUUGUACUAUUUUUCCAUAUACACUGGCGAUUACUGGAAUUCGGACUGCCUUGAGAGUGCAUGCUCAUUUAUGAUAAACUGUACCCAAAACAUGGGUGCCGCGGCGCCUCCAUACCCCCCGGUGCCCUUCUUUGGUCCGACCCCCAUUAUGGAGAAAUUUGGUAUAUUGGCAGAGAACCAAAUAGACCCCUUGAUUGUCUCAAACAGUGACUAUCUGGAUAUUGUGUUCAAAAUGGGCAAGGACGUCAAAGUGACACAUACGUUUCAGUACUAUGACGCCGAGGAAGGCACAGUAAACGACAUAGACAGAUAUGUGUUCUUAAAGGCCAGAAAUGAUGUUGGUGCAACAUAUAUGCUCAGGUGUCCAAGGGAGGGAUUUUACAUUUUCUCUUUGUACGCGUCCCAAGCGGAAUGCGUGGACACUCAGUCACUCGACUGCGCCUACCGGUACCUUAUCAUCUGCCAAGAACCAAACCCAGCGGUAGUCGCCUUCCCCCGUACGUACCAUCGGUGGCAGCGGUGCACGCUACACGAGCCAGUUUCCGGAGAUCUGAUGACCAACAAACGCUACACCUUCCGGUUGGACGUCCCCCAGGCGUCGGAGGUGUUCGUGGUGCUCGGCGACAUGUACCACCAUCUAAAGCGGAAGUUGGGUUUCACGUGGGAAGGCAUCAUUUCCACGGGCGGCUCGGUUGCAAAGCUCAAGGUGGUGGCGCGCUUCUCUAUCACCGGAAAAGAAUGCUCCAUAUUUGCUCAUCUGCUGGACUAUGAACUCGUUGAAGACGCAGAAACAGAGAUUUGAUUAUUUUUAAUAAGAAGAAUUUAUUACGUAAGGCCUUAUUGCACAAAGUGGUGAGAUAUGUGCUCUGUGAACACUGUUUUGGGGCAUAGUGUAUCCGGCAGCUACAUGUUUAGACUAUAAUAUGGGCAUGUUUAAGAAAAUGGCACGCUUUUGUAAACGUAUAAUGACAGAAUUUAGAAUCUUUUCUGCGAGUAUAUACUUAUUAGAAUUUAACUUGUAUAAUUUGUAUGUUGCAAGAUAUUUAUUAAAUUUCACAAAUUCAGAUAGAUUGUUCACUGUGCAAUAUGAAAUAUGUGAAACGUUUAAUAAGAGCAUGGAAACAGUGCUAAGAUUAUUGUGGAUGUGGUUGAUAUUUCUCACUAUCAAAGUUGCAUUUUGAAUACAAAUGAGAAGUACAUGAAUCGAAAUUGGAAACACAUUUCAUUGCAAAUAGCAUGCAAGGUCGUGUCUGCUUACAUAUUACAACAUUGUUCAUUAGCUUGUUAGUUAAAUACAUAACAAUGUUGUAAUUGUUAUGUGUGCUGUUGUUAUUCUGUUGUUUUGUUCUAACAGUAUGUUCUGUGCCAUGAUAUUUUGCCCAAGCUUAUUUAUGUUAUUUAAGUUUUACAAGUAGACUCGUGGAACCAACUGGGGAAUAUAGUUCCGCUAUUGCAUUGUGCAAUUGCUAAUAAGUAAUUUGAAUUUAAGAAUCGUUUUUAUGAUAUUUCGUGAUCGAUGUUAGGUUAAUUCUACCGAAAAUAAUGUUUUGAAGUUUCUUAAGAUAUGGAUUCUUGUUUGGUAUACAAUGGUCGCAAACUAUGCUACUCAACGAGCAUUAGAUAAAGUAGCCAAUCACGGCUCUUUUGUUUAAAAAUAUCGUUUCACAUAUUUGAGUAUUAAAAUAUCUACAACGGUAUGAAAGGUCUGUAAUGGGCCUACCAUAUACAACACAAAUAAAAUUAAGUUUUGGUUCUUAGUUGAACAACACGUGCUACUGUAUAAAUGUGCACUCUUUAUUAUUUUAUUGGCUAAUAAAUAUUUGCUUAAAUAACUAA